AAAAGCAAUAUUUUUCAGGCUUUAACAGAGAACAGCCUUUAGAUAUGAGACACACUUUCCUCCUAAAACUGAUGGUUUUCUUUCACAUGUCAUUGCAAAUGUGCAAAUCCCAGAGGUAGACAAGGUUACUCUGUAUUAAGUUACAACAGAAGCUCUUUUCAGCAGCUUGUGAGGUAAACUAAAUUAAUUACAGCAAAAUUAGGCAUGUUUAUCACAAAAGUUUGACGCCUUAAUCUUGUUUUGGCAGUUGGAAAUGGAAUAAGCCGCUAUCAAAACCCAUAGUGUUGAGCCAAAAGUCUUUCAGUUAAACAUUCCAACCCCUUUUCACAGAAAUCCCAACUAGAUAUUUAUGACCACAAUUGUUAUUUUGCCAUCGUCUCUUCUAAAAAGAAAUCAGGCUUUGUGAUGAAUAUUUGCUUUAUUUAUUUUACAUUUGUGUUUAAUUUGGGGAUGAGACUUUACUGGAAAGCAACUAUAAAUUCAAUGUUUUUUUGACAAUAACAACACAGGCACAAAGUGAAAGCCAAGAAAAUGUGUCAGCAGUAUGGAAAAUGGUGCUAAUAAAUAUCUAACACUGUAUGUUUGUGAUACACACUCUAAUUGGAAGUAUUAAGAAUUUAUGUUGUGAAGAAGAGUUGGCUGUUUAUAAAGACAGUUCACUUUGUUGCAUUUGUUAAACACCAGAUGGAAUGAGUGAGUGGAUAGAGUGAAAAGUUAUUUGUGUCAUGGGAAAUAAAGAGAUUGUUAGAGAUUGUUUUAAUGGAUAGCUGGAUAGGAAUGGGUUGUGGUUGAGGUAAAAAAAAAAAAAGUUGGUAUUGGUAGUGAGCUACAUCAAAUGCUCAUUUAUGGUCUCUUCAUCAAGUAAAUACAUUUGUGGACAUAAAUUGAUUUCAGCUUUUGUAUAUUUAUUACCACAAUAAUUACACUAUUAUUAAAUAAUUCCUUCAAGAUUCUCUACACUUGAUAACAGAGACACAAGAUGGCAGCAGUUGUGUUUGCAUGAAAUAAAAGCGAGCGAAUCUAUGGUGUGAUACAAAAUGAAAGCAGCUUUGGUUUCAGCUACAGAUUGAUAUAAAGCAUUGCCAUGGGAAAAUGAAUAUUAGUAAAAUAUUUGAACUCUGAAUGCUGUGGAAGCAUUGUGAAAGAAAGGGCAUUGUGUGAUAUUAACAUAGAAUUGUAAGACAUUAACUUAGGAAUUGCGAGUUUAUACCUCGUUAUUGUGAGUUCAUAACUGGCAAUUCUAAGAAGAAAAAUACAAAUGCAAGAUUUAAAUUCUAAACAAAGAGAAAAAAAAGUCAGAUAUACAUUUAAGAUUAUAAGAGAGAGCGAGUUGCAGAACAUAAAUAAUACAUACAUUUUUUGAAGAUUUUCAGAAUCUAAACUGAGGGAAAAAAGGAAGAAUUGUGAGAUGCAAGUUAUAGACUUGCAAUUACAAUUACAACUGCAAUAUAUAAACUCUCAGUUCUGAGAAUAAUGUCUUAAUUGUGAGACAUAAACUUACAAUUGUGAGAAAAAAUAUUGAAAUUAUAUUUUGUAUUAUUAUUUUUAAUUCUGUGAUGGGAACAAGCUUUCCUAGAAUGCUGCUCUUGACCAAUCAGGACCAAGUAUUCCAACAAGCAAUAUACUAAUUUUGUUUUUCUAUUCACCAAAAAUAUAAACUUGCACUGAUUACAAGUAUUUGUCAUGCUAAUAAUGCACAUUACAUUAAGGUGAUCAAAGUGCAGGGGGAUAUUAACAAGUUGUGAAAGGGUGUUGUUUAGGGUGGCAAGCUGUGGCAUGUGAGGUAAGGAAAUGAGGUCAGAGGAGUGAGUGGACACAUGCUUCUGUGGAUGAGUGAGUGAACAGAGAUAGAGUCUAGAUGAGAUAAAGUAUCAUCAGGGAGAACGUUCUCUCUCAUCAGUCUAAUAGUUUGGUUAAUGUUCACCCUACAGUAGGGUUCAAAAGUCAAGCAUUUGUGUGCAAGACACAAACCAGUAAAAACCAAGAAAUUGAAACUGGGAGAUCUGAGACAAGAGAGUCAACAGAGCGGAAACCAUGAUCACAAUCACAGAGUUUCAAAAAAUCGGUGUGGGUCUGUCAGGAUUCGGCAUGUUCUUUGUACUGUUUGGGAUAAUGCUGUACUUUGACUCGGUCCUGUUGGCAUUUGGAAACAUUCUGUUUCUGUCUGGUUUGGCCUUCAUCAUUGGCUUGAGGAGGACGGCCCACUUCUUUUUCCAGAGACAGAAGCUCAGAAGCUCCGCCUUCUUUCUAGGAGGCGUGGCUUUAGUUCUACUUAGAUGGCCUCGUAUUGGGAUGCUAGUGGAGACCUAUGGCUUUGUGCUUCUAUUUAAGUCAUUCUUUCCAAUGGCUUUUGGAUUUCUCGCAACAGUCUUAAACAUUCCUUUUUUAACUACGAUUUUAAACAAGUUUUCUGGAAGUAGUUCCUCAGUGGUGUAAGAGCAGAUGCUGGAAAUCUGGAGGUGCUUUUGCAGUGAACUGUGCACAUUUUAGUUGUUGUUUUUUAAUUAUAUGAUGGAAAGAUGUCUGUUUAUUUUAUUUGUCAUAUUUUAGCCUAUUUACACUAGUUAUACUUUAUAAAAUGUUGAAUAAACCGACCAAACAUGCCCA